GCAGCUGCUUGUCAGUUUUGUGAGUAGGUGAUAGGCCUAUAUGAAAAGCAAGGACAUUUUGUGAUCAGUGUUGACGUGGACUUUUAUAAUGCCAUUUUUAUAAAGGUUCCAUCUACCUCUAAUACAGGGACUUGUUCAUCAUGGGAAAAAAGAAAAAGCACCCAGACUUGCAGAGGUUCAGAGGACUUGUUAGUCCUACAGCAACAGCCGUCAAGAAGUCUGUAUGUUCUGUAGGAUUUAUAGUAUCAGCCAUCAAGAUCCUGGCCCUCGUCUUGUUUUAUUACACAUUUUCCAUUGGUCUCACAUUCUACAAUAAAGCUUUCAUUCAUCAUUUCCAGAUUCCUCUGUCUUUCACACUGUCUCAUCUCAUCAUCAAGUUCAUGUUGGCUGGAAUGGUGCGAUGGAUUGUAGAAUGUAGGACCAAGACUGAGAGGGUGAAUCUAUCAUGGAGACCUUUUUUACUACAAAUAGCUCCAACAGGCAUUGCCAGCAGCAUAGACAUUGGCUUGUCCAAUUGGAGCUUCGAGUUUAUUACUGUAUCAUUAUAUACCAUGACUAAAUCAACAGCUGUGAUAUUUAUUCUGGCAUUUUCCAUUUUAUUUAGAAUAGAGAAACCGAGAUGGUCUUUGUCCAUUGUUGUCCUGCUGGUAUCUACAGGGUUGUUUAUGUUUACCUAUCACUCAACACAGUUUAAUUUGGAGGGAUUCAUCAUGGUCAUGUCAGCAUCCGUACUGUCAGGCUUCCGCUGGGGAUUAGCUCAACUUAUACUACAGAAGGAAGAAAUAGGUUUGUCUAAUCCCCUUGAUAUGAUGUACCACAUACAGCCAUGGAUGGUCUUGGUGCUCCUUCCACUUGCUGCCAUAUUUGAAGGCAUUCCUCUUGCUACAACUUCAGAUUUUUUCCGUUUUUACGACUACACCUUAGUUUUGAGAAACUUGGCCAUGGUGUUUGGUGGAGCAGGUCUAGCUUUCAUGCUGGAAUUUUCUGAGUUUUUACUUGUAGGUCAAACUUCCUGUCUCACUUUCUCCAUCUCCGGCAUAUUUAAGGAGAUAUGUACUUUGUACCUGGCCAACAAAUUUAACGGCGAUCAGAUGAAUACUGUCAAUGUGAUAGGCUUACUAGUGUGUCUAUGUGGUAUCACGUUUCAUGUCAUCUUAAAGGCUUUACAUAGAGGGGACAAUAAAAAGGCUGCAUUAAAUCGUGAAGAGAUGAUGGAAAUGAUCCGUGAUGAAGGACAAGAUUCUGAUGAAGAAGAAGUAUUUAAUGCUUCCAGGGAUAGAUAGCACAGAGUACAUUACAUAGAGAUUUGUUUUCUUAAAAAAUAUUUAUUACUUUAAUAUGAAAUA